AUGGUAGAUAAUUUCCAGAGCAGCUGGGAUGGAGAAGUUUCAUAUACAGAUGCUGUGGAGCUGCUUGUAAAACACAAUGAAAAAUUCAAAUUCAAAGUGAAGUGGGGAGAAGACUUAAAGAAGGAACAUGAAAAGUUUUUGACUGCACAGUUUGGAAACAUCCCGGUUUUUGUCACAGAUUUUCCAGCAAGCCUUAAACCAUUCUAUGUGAAAGCCAACAAAGAUGGAAAAACAGUGGCUGCUGUUGAUUUGCUUGUUCCUGGCGUUGGUGAAUUAGUUGGUGGAAGUCUUAGAGAAGAUGACCUUGAUGUCCUAACUGAUAUUUUUGAGAAGAAAGGAUUGCUUCACCAGUUUCAAUGGUAUCUAGACCUUCGACGAUUUGGCUCAAGUCCUCAUGGGGGCUUUGGUCUUGGCUUUGAGAGACUUUUACAGUUUCUUUUAGGGACUCCCAACAUUAAGGAUGUUAUACCCUUUCCACGUUGGUCCAGAAACUGCCAAUUGUGAUGAAAAUCUGUAUUUGUACAAGAAGUACAUUGGAUAAAUACUUGCUUAUCUCUGAUAAG